AUGUCUACCGUCCAGACUGAGCCAUCGCGGGUGCACCCGCGUCGUCGACCCGUCUUAAACACCACCCUUCCCACCCUGCCGAGCGACUCGCCUGACUCUAAGAUGCCCCUGAAGAAAGGAGAGACUUUCCACACCCCAACUUCUCCUCCAUCGAGUGAUCGCGACCCUGUCUUAAACUUCCGCUCCCUGCCUCAUCGCUCGGCCACUUCGUUGGAAGCUAUUGCUGUUGCUGAGGAGCGCAUGACUUCCAUCCUAGACCGUCUGACUCUGGAAUCCACCGAAGACCAGGACUUGGAGGUUGCUGGCGGCGAGAGUCCUCUGGAGUUGAAUGAUGGUAUUCAUGACAAUCAAUCUGCCAUCACAAGCUCUAUCUCAGCUUUUGAGAGCGGUUCGUCGCCAAAACGUCAAUUAGGCCCGGCCGCCUGCAAACAGAUUGAACGUUUUGUGCUUGUUCCUAUUUUGAAAGAGCCCCGCUUGAAACCAUUCCACGCACUGGUUCGAAGCGUCCCCCAGCGCAUUAUCAAUAAGAAAAUCGUGUGUUUGCGUGACCUCGAAAAAACCCUAUUGUGGUUGGCACCGAACUCCGCCACUUCUCGGAAUUCUUAUCUCAACUUUUGCGAGUUUACGAUUCAGUGCUUGCAUACUUCGACUUCGCACCUUAACGAUCGUGAUCAACGACUACCGGCUGAUCGUCCUUACACUAACGGAUACUUCCUCGACCUUGUUUCACAGGUUCGACGAUACGCAGCGAUGGUUCGCGCUGAACGCGAGCGAGUCCAGGCGACUCAGGGCUCCGAGUUUAACAAGAAGUCUAAUUCUUCUGCAAUCCCGAAGGCUACUCUAGAAGGUGGUCUGUCUAAGAAUGGGAAGUCUGCCGAACUUGUAAUAAUGCAAGACGGAAAGCCAAUUUCCAUGGCCACAGGAAAGCCUUACGAGGCGGAUGUCUCUGGAACUGCCAAGCGGACCAUCAACAUUGACUAUGCAGUCGAUGAGGGCGUUGAGCGCUCUAUGGCCCGCCGCAAGAAGGAUGCUCCUCCCAUGAACAUCAACCAAAAGUGUGCCGAUUGCGAUAAGGUCUUUAAGCGCCCCUGUGACUUGACAAAACACGAGAAAACACACACUCGCCCCUGGAAGUGCGAGUACCCUGACUGCAAUUACCACACCAAAGGUUGGCCCACUGAGAAAGAACGUGAUCGUCACAUGAACGACAGGCAUUCAGACAAACCUACUCUCUUCAAGUGUCAAUUCCACAAGUGCCCCUAUGCUUCGAAGCGUGCCAGCAACUGCAAGCAGCACAUGGAGAAAUCCCACGGAUGGGUUUACGUUCGAUCCAAAAACAACGGACGCAAUGGCAGCAAGCGAGGCUCUUCUGCCCAGGUCACUCCUCAGAGUCCGAGUGUGUCUACUCCUGCUUCGAAGACGACCGACUUUGCCUCUCCAAUCCCCGGGCCCAGUCCUUCUCCUAGCGACCAGACCUACAACUGGCCUGGGAAUCCACAGUUCAAUUUUGCUGACCCUCCUCCGCCUGCCCACGGAGAGGAUUUCCCCCUAUUUGGGGAAACAUCUCCCUAUCUGAUGACUGAUAUCAACUUGUUCCCAACUUCAGUGAACCUGAGCGGCUUCCAGAGUCAAUUUGAAGCCGGUGACCCGAAUGGCUUGAUUCCCGCUCUAGAGAUGCACCGGCAAUCCAUGAACUCCAUGUCUAUCCCGUCUGCCGAAUCGGUUCCCGACUUGACGGGACCCGUGUCCUUUGACGGAUCCCCGCUUACCGGUACUGAAAGCAUCAAUUUUGACCUAGAUUGGAGCAACCUGGACUAUCCCACCAACGAGGACUACACUGCAAUGGCUGCGCAGCUCCCCCAUGGUCAUUCCCUAGAGGUGAUGAAGGGUUAUUCGAAUGAUUACGACCAAAUGAACCUCAACCACUGUUCCUACGAUGUCUCUGGAAAGCCCUCCGGCCUCUCUCCUGGCGCGCAAGGCAACGCCAUGUUGUACUCGCCGGACUCUUGCAACGUCGGCGACACUCUUUCGGAGCGCUACGAAUAUGGACUCCAGGCCCAGGCGGGCAACGACUUCACUCUUUACAACCAGGGUGCUCACAUGGGUCGCGGUGCUCAACCCGGGAUGCAAACCCAUAGCGACCGCUCCGCUCAAUACCACCAGCCUCAGCCGCAGAUGUUUCCCUCUCUGGAGCACGAGCGCGUACUGCAGAGCAUGCAGCCCUGGAAUGGCCAGCAACCCCAGGGACACUACCUGCCUCGCGACAUGGAGCUGGAAUUCAUGAAGUGA